AUCUUUACUAGAGGACACCUUGCUUUCACAAAUCUUUUUAGCAGCAUAAAUAGCAAAGCAAAGUGCUGCACAAGCCUGGUGAACACCACAGGAUCCUUGGAAUCUGAGCUGCAGGUAAAUUGAUGUUUAGAAAGGAGUUCAGCUCUGAUUGCAAACUCACUUGAUGAUGGGUUUAUACAGUCAUUAGUGGACAAAGUAAUGUACUUCCUGCAACCAGAAGGAAAGAAGGCAAACAGAAAUGGGUUGACUCCUAUGGAUCUGAUCUUAAACCCAUUGAAGUCAACAGAAAAUAAUGUCAUUGUCUUCAACGAGCUUUGGAUUAUGUUCACCUGUGUUGUCCUGGGACAUCUGCCCUUUGAGUAGUUCCACUGGAAGAUGAAGCCCGUCCUCUAUCUGUGUUUGUUACUUGCUGGGCUUCAUGCUGUUGUCCAUUGCAAUCACAGGCCUGACCACCACAAUGGACAUGACCACCAUAAAGAUAUAGCUCGUGAGGAACACCAUGAGGAACACCAUCAUGAAGGUGACUGCCUCAAACUAGCUCCCAGCAAUGCUGAUUUUGCAUUUAGACUCUACAAGCAGAUUACCUCAGAAGCCCCUAAGAAGAACAUUUUCUUCUCUCCUGUUAGCAUCUCCACUGCCUUUGCAAUGCUGGCCCUAGGUGCUAAAUCAGCCACUCUGACUCAGAUUCUGGAAGGACUUGCCUUUAAUCUGACAGAAGUUCAGGAAGAGGAGAUACAUCAUGGUUUCCAUGCUCUCAUCCGCAUUCUAAACCAUCCUGACGGUGAGCUCCAACUCAAUAUGGGAAACGCCUUGUUCCUAAAAGAAAAACUGAAAACACUAGAGAAGUUUUUAGCUGAUGUCAAAAACCUGUAUGAAGCAGAAGCUUUUAGUAUCAACUUCAAGAAUACUGCAGAGGCUCAGAAACAGAUCAAUGAUUAUGUAGAGAAGAAAACACAUGGGAAAAUUGUUGAAUUAGUCAAGGGUCUUGAUCCGGAGACUGCAAUGAUUUUGGUUAGCUAUAUCUUCUUUAAAGGCAAGUGGGAAAAACCUUUUAUGCCAGAAGACACUAAAGAAAGAGACUUCUUCGUGGAUGAGGAAACAAUCGUUAAAGUCCCUAUGAUGCGCAGAAUGGGCAUGUUUGUCCACCACUUCGAUGUGGAGCUGUCUUGCACAGUGGUCCAACUUUAUUACAAUGGAAGUGCUACAGCAUUUUUUAUUCUGCCUAAUAAAGGAAAAAUUAAGCAGGUAGAAGAUGCUCUGCGGAAAGAAAUUGUGUCCAGAUGGGCAACCUCACUUCAUCGAAGCUCUGCAAUCCUGUACAUUCCAAAAUUUUCAAUCUCUGCUACCUAUGAUUUAAAGGACCAUCUCACCAAAAUGGGCAUUACUGAUGUGUUCACCAAACAAGCUGAUCUGUCUGGAAUCACUGGGGAGCCUGAGCUGCAGGUUUCAAGAGUUGUCCAUAAGGCCGUGCUGAACAUCGAUGAGAGAGGCACAGAGGCGGCAGCAGCCACUGCCAUUGAAAUAAUGCCAAUGUCUUUUCCUCACAUCAUUGAAUUCAACUCUCCCUUCCUGGUGCUGAUUUUUGAUAGAGCUACCAACAGCACACUCUUCAUUGGAAAGAUGAAUAACCCUGCUGAGCCUUAAGUGUUAUCAAUUCAGAUGGCUAUUCCUAAAUAAAGAAGCUUUGCCA